GAAUGUACAAGGCAAUCCAGUGUCCAUUUUUGGCCCGCAUGACUAUUGGUCAGGUGAAACAGCAGGCCCCUGAGCUCCUGCAGAUGAUUGACCACUGCCCAAUCAUGGGUCGGAUCAUGAAGUGUUCCUCCCUGAUCAACGAAUUGCCGAAAGAUGAGAGAGAUUCAGCAAUGAAGAAGGCAUUAAGCAGCAGUAAGGCAGCCACUUUGCCACAACAACUCGCUGACAAUUCCCCAACAACAUCACCAGUUGUGACGUCAUCGUCGUCAGUGCAGUUCCAGCAACAGCAUCAACUGCACACUAAAGUUGACGUCACGAAGACUGUUAAUGACAGCAGCAGUAGCAGCAGCAACGUGACAUUAAUGGGAAAAGUGCUGGAACAGAUUGAUGGGGAAGAUUUGCAAAAAAGAGAUGUUCCAGGAAUCCCAGGACAUCAAACAAGGGAUGCGGAUCCGAUUUUGGAGGCAGUCAGGUCAAAUGCCACUGAGGUCAAGAAGGCCAAAAAGAUUACCCCAGUCAAAUGCAUAGGGUCGAACCCAUUCAACUACGAGAAAUUCCUUGAAGGCCAGUUGGAAGCCAAGAAAAAAGAUAAUUCUUACAGAAUAUUCAAGAAGGUCAGUAGAAAGGCCACAGAAUUUCCCAGGGCCCUGGAACAUUCUGAAGGGGUCAAGGACAUCACGGUGUGGUGCAGUAAUGAUUAUUUAGGAAUGAGCUGGCACCCUAAAGUUCAACAGGCUGUCAUUGACGCCGUACACAGGCACGGUGUGGGGGCAGGAGGGACCCGUAACAUAUCCGGCAACUCCCCCUUCCACGAGGAACUGGAACGGGAACUUGCUGGCAUCCAUCAAAAAGAGGCCGCCCUACUCUUCACCUCCUGCUAUGUGGCCAACGACACCACCCUCUUUACCCUGGCUAAAAUGCUGCCUGGCUGCCACAUCUUCAGCGACUCGGGCAACCACGCCUCCAUGAUACAGGGAAUUAGGAACAGCGGAGUGACGAAGCACAUAUUCAGGCACAACGACCCUGCCCACCUGGAGGAACUCCUGUCAAAAGUGGACCCCAACCUGCCAAAAAUUGUUGCGUUUGAAACUGUUCAUUCAAUGACAGGAGCCGUUUGUCCUCUUGAAGAACUCUGUGCAGUCUCCAAGAAGUACGGGGCCCUGACAUUUGUAGAUGAGGUCCAUGCAGUGGGGUUGUACGGGGAGCAUGGGGCGGGUAUUGGAGAGAGGGAUGGACUGCUGGAUCAGAUGGACAUCAUCUCUGGCACUCUUGGAAAAGCAUUUGGAAACAUGGGUGGUUACAUAGCAGCCAGUGCAAAAAUGGUGGACGCUAUGAGAAGUUACGGUGCCGGCUUCAUCUUUACCACUUCCCUGCCGCCAACAAUUCUCUAUGGCACCUUGGCAUCAGUUAGGGUUUUGAAGGGUGAAGAGGGUCGCCAGUUAAGGGCCCUCCAUCAAUCUAAUGUUUCCUACCUGAGAAAGAAGUUAUUUGAGGCUGGCCUACCCGUUGUUCACUGUCCAAGUCAUAUUAUCCCCAUACAUGUGGGUGAUCCCAAGUUAGUUGUUCAAGUAGCCAACGAGUUGAUGUCAAGACAUGGCAUCUACCUUCAGCCCAUCAACUACCCAACAGUUCCUCGCGGUCAGGAGCUUCUGAGACUUGCCCCCACGCCUCACCACACUGUAGCCAUGAUGGAUUCUUUCGUCGAAUCAGUAGUUGACGUUUGGCAGUGGGCGGGGCUUGAUUUCAAGACGCACUGCUCUGCAGAGUGUAAUUUCUGUAAGCAGCCAUUGAAGUUUGAGGCUCUGUGUGCCAGGGAGAGGGAAUCUGCCAGCUGUAACGGAGAAAGAUGUGAUGAAUUUUUGCUGGAGGCCGAUAAGUGACGAUUGCCUUGGUUGUGUGGUUGAGGAUUUGGUGAUUGAUCGAUUGGAUGUAUUAUUUUUCCUCCAUGUUGUAGGGAUGGUUUGUCAGUUGGUUGGUGGACUGGCGAUUAAAUACAUUGGUGAUUGGUUGAUAAUUGGAUUCGUUGAUUGGUUUCCAUAGAAGACUUUUCAAUGAUCGGUUUGUUGGUUGCUGGCUUUAUUAAGAUAGACAACUACUUAUUGUAUUUCACUGGCAAGAAUGUAGACAAUCAACAUUCUCUUAAAAAUGUCGCAUAACAUAACACCACAUAUUUAGCUAAUUUGGCAAACAUUCAUGCUAAGCCUUGUUAUAUCUGUUUUUACUUUGCAUUUAUUAAUAUAUUUUUAAUUAAUUAAUUAAAUUGAUUGAUUAAUUGAUUAAUUAGUUCAUUUUCUAUUUAAUUGAUUUUCGUAUAACUGGCACGCUAUCGUUCCUACAUGAUUGUGUGUUUGAGACAUUCAUUUUUUAUUACUGAUUAAAAUAUUUAUUUCUUUUUUUUUUUGUUAAGAAUGGCUGAGUGUGUAUGAAGAUGUUAUUCGUUCAUUUAUUUAUUCAUUUAUUCAUUCAUUCAUUCAUCCAUACAUUCAUUCAUUCAUCCAUUCAUUCAUUUAUUUAUUGUAUAAAAUUUGAAAUACUGCUUAAAUUGAAUGUUGCCGCUGGAAUACUUGUUAAUAAUAACAAUAUUAUCAUUAAAUAAAUUGUGAAUAUUAAUGUUUAUUCGAUUUUAUUAUUAAUUAUUUGUGUUUAAUUCAAUAUUUAAUGCCAGAUCGACAUUUCGUUUUCUGAUUUCUAUGUCUCCCUUUUAAAUUGAGUUUAUUUAAGUAAGAAAAUAAAUUCAUACUAUAAAAUUCAGUUAACAAUUUGCCGCCAUUUUUCUUAGUAAUUCAUUCGAUCAAUCAAUCAAUCAUUCAUUUGAUCGAUCAAUCAUUCAUUCAAUCAUUCAUUCAUUCAAUCAAUCAACCAUUCAGUCAUUUAUUAGUCGUAUUUGCUAAAAAAUAGCUAUCUUGACGUCGUUAACAUGUUUUUUUUUUAUGACAUAUACUCAUCAUCGUCAUCAUCAUGUUUAUUAUCGUCGUCAUCAUCAUCGUCGUCGUCAUCGUCAUCAUUAUUGUUGUUGUAAUAAAAUUACCAAUAGCUGCUUAUAUGUACGCUUGUAAAGUUUUAAGACACCUGAAAUAAAUUCUCUCUAAAUUGGUUAUCAAUCAACCUUUUUUUGGCUCCACUCAUCUGAUUGGUCAGUUGAAUUAUAAUGUAGAUGUCCAACGCGAUGACUGCAGACUUUAUCAAAUGACUUGACCAAAAUUUUCUUGAUGUCAUUCGUUCGUUUUUCAUUUUAGUGCAUGUUACAGUUUGCGCGGAUAUCAUGGAUAUCCUUUGUGAUGAUGAUAUCAUACCAUGGAUAUACAGACUAGUUUUGUAUGUUUAUGGAUGCUAUGUAUUAUACAUAGUUUGGUUUCAUGUACGUGCGCUGAUGAAUAAAUACAUUUCUCAAAUGGC